CUUAUCAAUAACGAUCGUAACAGAAGAAAGAGAACACAGAUAAGGGGAAAAAGCCAAAACCCACCAGCUUAAAUAAAAACCUUUACUUAUCUUCUUUCUUCUCACUUCUCAGACCUCAAUUUCCAAGCAGAGAUGACGGUGAAGAUAAGGCUCGCGCGUCUUGGUUGUAAACACCGACCCUUCUAUCGUGUAGUUGUCGCCGAUGAAAAAUCGCGCAGGGACGGUAAACAAAUCGAGGUGUUAGGCUUUUAUGAUCCACUCCAAGGCAAAGAAGAUGCGGAUAGAGUGAGCCUCAAAUUCGACAGAAUCAAGUACUGGUUAUCUGUUGGAGCUCAACCAACAGACACAGUGGAAAGCAUGCUUUUCAGGGCCGGUUUGAUACCACCAAAGCCUAUGGUAGUGGUCGGUUCGAAAAAUGGGCAGAAGUCUACGAGCCAACAUGUUUCACCCAUUACAGGUGAAAUCUUGAACUAAGAGUGUUGAUGCGUUGAGCAAGAAAGAGCCUUUUGUGUCUGUGUGAAAGGAGUUUAUGUAAUGUUGUUUAAGACUUUUCUGUUUAUGUGAAAGGAGUUAAUGUAAUGUUGUUUAAGACUUUUGCUUUCUAUGUGAAAGCAGUUUAAUGUUAUGUUGGUUAAGACUUUUCUGCAACAGAGUUUGGUGAAUUUUUAUUCUUUAAUAUGAGCAUGCCUUUUUACAUUUAACA